UUAAAAUUAAUUACAAUAAUAUUUUUUGUAACUCUCUUUCUCAAAUGGCACCUCUUCAAGUUCUUGAAUUAUUUUUCACAUUUUUAUUAUUAAUCUUCAUGCAAGUUUAUUUGGGAAAUGCUCAAAGUUUCAUCCAAUCUCGAGCAGCUUAUUAUCCAAAUUCAGAAGAAAAAGGAACAGAAACUGGAGCAUGUGGAUUUGGUACUUUUGGAGCAACAAUCAACGGUGGAGAUGUAUCGGCUGCAUCAGAUCUUUAUCGAGAUGGCCUAGGAUGUGGUGCAUGCUACCAGGUGAGGUGUACAAACAGUAAUUACUGCUCAGAAAAUGGAGUUACUGUGGUAAUUACUGACCAUGGAGCAAGUGAUAGUACAGACUUUAUUUUAAGCCAAAGGGCUUUUUCUCGUAUGGCCCAAACUAAAGAUGCUGCUGCUUCUCUAUUGUCACUUGGUAAUGUGGGCAUUGAAUAUAGAAGGGUUUCUUGCAGCUAUCCAAAUAAGAAUAUUACAUUCAAGAUUGAUGAGAGCAGUGAUAAUCCGUAUUAUUUGGCUUUUGUUAUAUGGUAUCAACAAGGCAAAACUGAUAUUUCUGCUGUUCAACUGUGUGAGACAGAAAAUUUUGUAUGCAAAUUAUUGGAUAGGACACGUGGCGCAGUAUGGACAAGUUCAUCACCACCAAAAGGACAAUUGCAAAUAAGAAUGCUAUUGAGUUCUGAUGAUGGAGAUGAAAAAUGGGUUAUUCCUUUAAAUAAUAUUCCUGAAAAUUGGAAAGCUGGUGAAAUAUAUGACUCUGGGAUACAAGUGGAUUAAUAAUAACGCGGAGCAGGAAUAAGAGGUUGUCCUAAUUCGAUACAAUAAUCCCGCAACUAUUACUAUGAUUAUUGCCAACGAGAAGAUAUCAGAAUAAAUAAGCAGCUUACGUAAAUUAUUAUCGUAUAAUGCAUCUUAUAUAAUUUGUAAACACAAAAUAAUUAUUUAAUGUUGUUUGUUGAUUUAAUUUUCAUGUAAAAUAAAGAGUAUAUUGGCUCUUUU